CCUCGGCCUGCGGAGUCCCCCCUUCCUGUCUGGACCCCGGCCCCACCUCCGGAAGUUGACUGAAGCCUUGUACAGAUGCCCUAGGGGUGAGCUGUUGGGAGGAGCACAGCCCACUGUGAUGCGGAUCACCAAGCUCUGAUUCAUGAGUUUGAGUUGCCUGAGGUCCUGCCGCCCCGGGGACCAUGUUUAACGGGGAGCCAGGUCCAGCCUCAUCCGGGGCCUCCAGGAACGUGGUGCGGAGCUCCAGCAUCAGCGGUGAGAUCUGUGGGUCCCAGCAAGCCGGAGGCGGGACUGGGACCACCACUGCCAAGAAGCGGCGCAGCAGCCUGGGCGCCAAGAUGGUGGCCAUCGUGGGCCUGACUCAGUGGAGCAAGAGCACACUCCAGCUGCCCCAGCCUGAAGGGGCCAGCAAGAAGCUGCGCAGCAACAUCCGCCGGAGCACAGAGACGGGCAUCGCCGUGGAGAUGCGGAAUCGGGUCACGCGCCAGGGCAGCCGGGAGUCCACCGACGGGAGCACCAACAGCAACAGCUCUGACGGCACGUUCAUCUUCCCCACCACCCGGCUGGGCGCCGAAAGCCAGUUCAGCGAUUUCCUCGAUGGGCUGGGCCCAGCCCAGAUUGUGGGGCGACAGACGCUAGCAACGCCACCCAUGGGGGACGUGCACAUUGCCAUCAUGGAUCGCAGCGGCCAGCUGGAGGUGGAAGUGAUUGAAGCUCGGGGCCUGACUCCCAAACCAGGCUCCAAAUCCCUCCCAGCCACUUAUAUCAAGGUUUACCUGCUUGAGAAUGGAGCCUGCUUAGCCAAGAAGAAGACAAAGGUGGCCAAGAAGACCUGCGAUCCCCUGUACCAGCAGGCCCUGCUUUUUGACGAGGGGCCCCCGGGCAAGGUGCUACAGGUGAUCGUCUGGGGAGACUAUGGCCGCAUGGACCACAAGUGCUUCAUGGGCAUGGCCCAGAUCAUGCUGGACGAGCUGGACCUGAGCGCUGCGGUCACCGGCUGGUAUAGACUCUUCCCCACCUCCUCAGUGGCAGAUUCCACACUCGGCUCCCUCACCAGGCGCCUGUCCCAAUCCUCCCUGGAGAGUGCCACCAGUCCCUCGUGCUCCUAAGGAUGUCAGGGAGAGAGGCUGGGAUGGUGGUGUGGGAAGGGGUGCCUGCGGAUCCCCACCUCCUCCCCUGUACAUAAUCUCCAUGUCUUUCUCGACCCCCUGUCCUGCUGCAUGCCUCUUGGCUACUGGGCUUGUCCCAGCUGGCAGUGGAGACUGGUGUGUGUGUGUGUGUGUGUGUGUGUCCACAUUCUAUCUAUCUGUUCACCUGUCUGGGUACAGUCAGACCUGGUGACUACAUGGGCUGAAAUGUCUCCAUGUCUCUUUGUAUCUUGUUGAAAAGAACCCCAAAGGA